UGCCAGAAACAAGCCAUGUCUAUUCUGAAGGUCCACGCCCGAGAGAUCUUUGACUCCCGUGGGAAUCCCACUGUUGAGGUUGAUCUCUACACCUCAAAAGGUCUCUUCCGGGCUGCCGUGCCCAGCGGUGCCUCCACUGGCAUCUAUGAAGCCCUGGAACUCCGUGACAAUGAUAAGACCCGCUACUUGGGGAAGGGUGUCUCAAAGGCUGUUGAGCACAUCAAUAAAACUAUCGCACCUGCUCUGGUUAGCAAGAAACUGAAUGUGGUGGAGCAGGAGAAGAUCGACAAGCUGAUGAUCGAGAUGGACGGCACCGAGAAUAAAUCCAAAUUCGGUGCCAAUGCCAUCCUGGGAGUGUCCCUGGCUGUCUGCAAAGCUGGUGCUGCAGAAAAGGGGGUGCCCCUCUACCGCCACAUUGCUGACUUGGCUGGCAACGCUGAAGUCAUCCUGCCAGUCCCAGCUUUCAAUGUGAUCAACGGCGGGUCUCACGCUGGCAACAAGCUGGCCAUGCAGGAGUUCAAGAUCCUCCCUGUGGGGGCGUCCAGUUUCCGCGAAGCCAUGCGCAUUGGGGCAGAGGUUUAUCACAACCUGAAGAAUGUCAUCAAGGAGAAAUAUGGGAAGGAUGCCACCAAUGUGGGUGACGAGGGCGGGUUUGCGCCUAACAUCCUGGAGAACAAAGAAGCUCUGGAGCUGCUGAAGAACGCAAUUGGAAAGGCUGGCUACACUGAACAGGUUGUCAUCGGCAUGGACGGAUUUUUCUCUGUUUUUUGGCAUGGUGUGAAUGGACUUCAGAAGAUCCCCAUUGCCCUUAAUGCAGUAAGAUCAUCUCUUGGAAAUAUUCCAUUUUACUCUGCAGUUUUGCCUGUGGAUUAUUAUGAAGAUGAUUUAGUCCUAAACUACAAUGUUUAA